AUGAUUGUCCCCACCGCCCGCACCGUCUUCGGCGCGUCGGCGAUGCUCGCCGCCUCGGUGCUGUCGACGGCCGGCACCGUCGCGGCCCAGGCCAACUCUCCGAGCGGGCUGACCGCAGACACCGCCUGCAACUCGAACCUCUGCCUCAAUGCCAUCUACGACAUGAGCGCCAACCGCAUCAACUACACGAUGACCACGCAGCAGGGAGGCAAGCAGAUUGGCUGGUACGCCGUCGGCACCGGCAGCCGCAUGGCGGGCUCGGACAUGAUGAUCGGAUGGGUCGGUACCGAUGGCAAGCCCAUCAUGUCGCAGAGGACCGCCUCGGGACACCGUAUGCCGACCACCGCCAUCACGGCCCAGGCGGCCAUGCCCAUCAACGCCCGCACCUUUUCCAACAGCACGGGCACCGCCUGGUCCUGGUCCUCGCCCGUCUCGUCGUCGUCGUCGCUGAGCCCGUCUGCUAAGACGAGCUUCAUCUGGGCCGUCAACGGCAACAGCAACCCGGCCGACGACCCGUCGGCGGCGAUCCGCGAGCACACCGACUACGGCGUCUUGAACCUCGACCUGACCAAGGCCUACACGCCGCCCGCCGAUGGCAAAGCGCCGCCGGUGACGACCACGCCGGCAACAAGCAAUGGCCAGACGGGCGACGCUUCGGCCUCGUCGGGCGGCGACGGAGACGAAGGCAGCUCCAAGACCUACAGGCUCAUCCUCGCCCACCUGAUCUUCAUGACUCUGGCCUGGAUGGUCGUCGCCCCGAUCGCCGUCCUGAUCGGCCGAUACGGCCGCACCACGAUGAAGGCGUGGUACCCCUGGCACCAGAACCUGCAGUUCGGCACCCUCGUCCUGGCCAUUGUCGGCUUCGGCGUCAUCGUCUACAUGGUCGAGGACGGCGGCGGCGGCCACUUUGACAACCUGCACGCCAAGGUGGGCCUCUCGGUGUUUAUCCUCGCCGUGCUGCAGGGCGUCCUGGGCAUCACGGGCCACAAGACGCGGCGCUUCAACCCGAUCCGCAUCGUCCACGUCGUCGUCGGCGUCGUGACCAUGGCGCUGGCCAUCUGGAACGUCGGCCUUGGCUACGAGCUGUGGAGCGAGCAGCACGGCACCAAGGCGUCCAAGUACAUCAUCUGGGGCGUCGGCUUCGGCCUGUUCGGCGGCCUCUGGGUGCUGGGCCUGGCGCUGCUGCCCAAGCAGCUCAAGACGUGGAAGGCCGAGGAGCAGGAGAAGCGCGGCCUGCCGUACCAGCACGACCAGCCGCCGGCCCAGUACCAGGACCAGCAGCAGCACCGCCGCAACCGCGACGACAUCCGCCUCCUCGAAAAGUCGCAGCCGCCGUCGCUCGAGUAG